AUGUCGGCUCCAAUCGAACAAUCCAUCUACUUGAGAGACACGAAUCGGAACUUCGUCAUAGACGUCACCGUUUCGGGCGCUCAAAGCUUUACGUUUACGCUGGUUACCGGACAGGGUUUGAAUCAGCACCCGCCCGCCGAGCACAACUAUCAUCCUGUUGUCAUCCAGAAUGUCGACUUCCUCGACAUCCACAACCAUGGGCAUAAUUUCGUACAGGCACCGAUCCGUAAUCUGGAGGAGCUCCAGUACGAGCCAGUCGUUGUUCCGAACUUGAACAUGCUCCGUCGCCAGUCGCCCAUGUCUACCGCUGCUACGCCCGCCGCUGCUACUGGAACGGCCCAGAACCCGAUUGGCCCUACGGUCAAGGUGGAGGAGGAGGAGGAGUAA